AGCUUUAGCCUUUUCUCUGACGGGAUCAUUAACCCAAAAAAAAAGAAGAGAAAAUAAGAAAAAAAAACACCGCCGCUUGAAUUUUCCGGCGAUCUUCGAAAGAGCGAUUGUUCCCAGAAAGUGAUCGAGCUUCGGCGGGAAAGAGAAGAGAUUUAGAGAACAAGAAGAAGACAGUGCACCAAUCAAUGGGGUAUUGCGCGGUGAGAUGACGACAACGAGGAGGAGACCGGAGCCACCGAAGAGUCUCCAUAAUUUCACGCUCCCGAACUUGAGGUGGGGGAGCCAGCGACACCUCAAGUGCAUGAAGAUCGACGAUUCCACGAGUUCCGGCGAUCAUCGACUCCGACGGCGAUCUUCGUCUUUGCGAUUCGCCGGCUCCUCUGUUUCGAUCCCGUUUAGGUUCCAGUCUGAGCAUCGGAGCAACAGCAACAACCAACAUCGCCGCGCACCGUUCAAGUCUGCGGAAUACGGCGGCGGGGAGGAGGAGGAGGAAGGGAUCGAGGAGUUCAGGGUGAAGAUCAUGUCGGAUCUGAAGACGGUGAGGGACAAGAUCACUGAAUCCAUGUAUGCUCUCAAGGAGCAACGCGAAGAAGAGCGGAAACCCGAUGGCUCCGGCCAAGAUAAGGAGAAGGAGGUUUCUCCGGCGAAGCCGUGGAACCUGAGGAAGAGAAGAGCAGCAGCGUGCAAGGAACCAGUUGAGGAGAGGACAGUGAAUCCAUCGCCGCCGAGAGGCGGAGUGGUGGAAGAAGCAGAGACGACGACGCGGCCCAAGUUCUCCGUGAAGCUGUCGAAGAAGGAGAUCGAGGAGGAUUUCAUGGCGGCUUUUGGUCACCGGCCACCGCGCCGGCCGAAGAAGCGGCCGAGGACCGUUCAGAAAAAGCUCGAUAGCUUGCAUCCUGGGUUUUAUCUGACUGAAGUGACGCUUGAUGCAUACAAGGUCCCAGAAGAAACCAAGAAUAUGCAGAGAUGAUGAUGAAAAAGAUUGUGUAAUUCAGUUGCCGUUGAAGUUUCAGAGUUGUCAAUAUUUGUAAUUGUGGUCAAGCCUUGAAGCUGCCUUCUUCCCUUCGCUCUGCUAGUUUUUUCGUUUCCUCGAUGAUUCUUUCUUCUCUGAAUAAACUGUAUAAAACGCUAUGGAGGAGAGAUACUGUAGGUUCCUGUUGAUUAAAUACAUAAUAAAGUUUCAUUUCACAAAAAAAAAAAUCAAGAAGCAAUAGCCUUCAUGGAUCAUGUUUUCUCCUUUUAGCUUUUAAGUCUUCUCUCAGAU